AUGGCUGCAGCAAAUUCAGUAUUCUCCAAUGCCACCGAUGCCUUUGGCUUCUCUCCGCCCUUGAUCACUGACCGUGUGUCGAACCCUGAUGGCCAAUCUAUUCCAGCCCAGACCCGCAAGCCGUCCUCCAGCGCUUCUGGUGGGGUGAGCGCGGCCUCUUCGCCACAGCCAAAUCCUUCUGCCGGAUCCAGCGAACCCAAGUGGGCGAUGCAGCCACCCACCGCACCCCGAUCGAUGAGACGCAAAAUCACGCCUCCACCGUUUCGCAGAGGGGACUCCUACAGACCUUCCCAACGCCCAGAACGGCCUCCACAGCCAGACUACUAUCGACACGUUGAACGUCGCUACAGUAAUGAGGUGGGCGGUGGAAAGCUUUCCACCAGAUCAGAUCAUCGCAGCUCGCGGCUGUACCCUUACACCAACGACUCUGACGAUGGCGAGAGAUUGGACCCAACAGCGGGACGAAGUCAUGAUUACGACGAGCAAUCAACGUCUUCGUUGCCACAGAGCUUGUCUAGAGCGCAAGGUGGUAGGAGGACGGAGGAGACAAGGGCACAGAUGGAUACCAUGAAACCCUUGACAAUUACAGGGACCGCGUCGAAGAAUGCCUCCAACACUGUCGCUCGACAUACUACUGAGGGCAGCUUGGCUUCCCGAACGCGGCAAUCGCUCUCUCCACUCCGAAGCACUGGAGGAGAGGGAGGAGGUAUUAAAAGGACCACCAUGGAGCAUAAUAGAGACCAGGUAAUGGGGGAGCCUGGCGAGAGUUAUAGAAAUGGUGAUGACGAUGAACGUGAACGUGAAGUGCCGGUGCUUCAAGUUCAAGUUGGAGGAAGCCGCAGACCGGGCUUGGCAUUCAAUGCGUCUGAAGGCAACUUCUUCAGGCCGAGCACUGUCGCCUCGUCUCGUCAGGCGGCAGUGUCGUCGGCAUCAGAUAUUGUUGUAUCAUCCGCCCAUACUCAUUACCUUGCAUUCAGCCGUGGCGAUGCUGAGCUUGAAGUGGGCAGCGGCGAAUUGGCUGAGAAAACAUGUCUGACCGUUUCCGUGCAGCCACAGGCUUUUCCCAAGCAACUGGGGGAAAUGAGCGGGCUCCGGACUACCAGAAUUGCGAACGAGGAGACGGCGUCCACAUCCUCAACGGUGACUUCCAGAAGCAAACUCGUGUGUAAAGCAUGUGGGAUGCCUGGAAGCCAGGUCACUCCGCUGGUGCCUUGCAGCAGAUGCCGGAAAGGCUACCAUGAUCGCUGCGGGAUUCCAAAGCCCCAGAGCAGGUGCGUAUCGUCCCCUACAUUUGAGAGCGCAAUGCUGAGUGGCUACAGUGCCACCCCCGAGGAUUUCGUUUGUGGUCGUUGCCUGCGGAAAUACUCACGCGAGACCAUUGGAAGAAGUGAGCUUGGAAACGACAGCACCGGUCGCAAUUCCCCUGCUACCGCGCACCCACCCAUGCGAUCCGUUUCCUCUUCGAACCCUCUGCAUCUCGCACGAGUUCCAGCGUCGCCCAUCCUGCGCGGUGUAGGAACAUCAGUCGCUUAUGAGGAGGCUAAUGGCGAGGAGACGAUCGACAAGCCCAGACGACGCCCCGCACCGUCCAUGUCACAGCCGAUCCCGACGGGUGACGAUGGAAAGACUAUUCUGGCCUCCACCACGGCCAUGCAGGGAACUUUGUACAAGAAUAUCACAUGCCCGCACUGGAAAUACCACGGCUGCCGCCUUUUGGAGGCCCACUGCCUUUUUGCCCAUAAACACACUGGACAGGAUGCCCCCCAUGGAAGCUCAGCAGCCAAAGCAUUCACUUGCCCAAAAUGGCGAAGAAACGGCCAGUGCCUCAACGAGCCGUCCACAUGCAUCUUUUCCCACAAAGACACUGGGCUCUACAUCGGCCCUGAUAAAUAUCCGUCGCGAAAGCAUCUCACAUGCUAUUACUGGAACCUCAACCGCAAAUGCAAUAAGGCUGAGGAAGAUUGCCCUUUUGCCCAUGAAAAUACUGGUAUACUCGCUUGGCAGCCAAUCAAUCUCCCAAUUGAGAAGCAGGGCACGAACUCGUUGAGGAGCUAUUUGUGUCCUCGGUGGGAGGCCGAUCAUGAUUGCAGGUUUCUUCAUUCUGGGUGCCCUUACAGCCACCCUGCACUCCAGAAGCCACGUAUUGCCAUCGAUGAACCAUCCCAAGCGCAGGCUGGACGCGAUACGCGACUAAGCGCGCCUGGCCUUACCCCCGUUCUCCCAAAAUCUAUGCCGGAAUCAUUCGCAACCCCAUCCUGGGCCAAGAAUGCACGAAGAAUGCCUGUCUCUUUUAUUGAAUCGGACAAUCUAAGCGUAUUGAACCUAGCAGCUGGGACCCAGAGUGCCCCCGGCGGCGGGAAGCGACCUGACAUGGUUUCGGUGCAAUCUGAUCCUGGAUUGGCGAGUUCCUCAGCGAUCAACAAACAAUUCUUGUCUGAAGAGAAGACUGCGCAGACCUCUUUAGAGGUUGUCGCAUCAGCAGGUUCAUCCGGUAAGACUGCCAAACACAUGGCAAAGCCGCAUGCUGCAACACUCGACCCGCGCAAACCCAGAGGUAAGGUAGCAGAGGACAGGCCGUCCGCAAUUCACAAGAAUGACCCCACAGGAGUUGAUUCCAGCCAUGACAGCCAGAGCACAGCUCAGCUCUCUAUGAUGCCAACCAAUCGACAGGUUGCCGAGCUCCUCAAUCUAAAGCAUGCAAACAUGGUUCAGUAUGGCUCUCAUCCUGCGCCCCUGAACUUUGGGGAUGGCCGCCCACCAAAUCUAGAUGCGGCACAGAGCUUUUUGGAGAAAGUCAGAGCUCACAGCACUGAUGAGCCGGGUUUCUUUGACAAGUUUGUCGAAGUCUUGAACGAUUUUGAAAGCCCCUCCAUCGAUUUCUCCAAGAUUGUGCAAAAGGUAGCAGAUCUCCUCAGAGAUCGCAGGCUACUCAUCCAGGAGUUCAACACUUUUCUUCCCUCAGGAAUCUGUGUUGAAAGUGGUGCUGUAGAUGAUGCAGAUUCCGUGGCGCCACUGGCCUCAAACGCAUCAAUCGUUCAAUUUCCACCACCCCGGCCAACGACUACCGGUUCUUUGGAGAAAGACGACACUGAUUCCGGCACUCUUCCAGUAGGGAGGAAGCCGUGUGAAGGCUGCCAUAAAUUGAUAUUUGGACAUGCCCGUCGCUGUGUCAAAUGUUCGGUAAACCUUGGACCGUACGGCAAGGAAGCAAAUGCUCCCGAUGAAGCUGCCAAUGAUUUGACUACGGUUCCUUCAAUCGUGCGCAGAUUUCCCGAGAACGAUCUUGCUCCGGAUCUUAUCGAGACCAAUUCACCGGCCCAAGAUCCCCGCCAACCUACCUCAACACCAUCUCUCCAACAGUAUCUGAUCCCCAACACGCUCAAAAGAACCCAUCCGGAGGAUGUACUUUUCGUCCCUAGGAAGAAAAUCAAGCCUGCGUCGCUGUCCAUCAACCGGGCCAAAGAGUCUCUACGGCGACUGUCUGCAAGCAAUAACGCCAAAUCUGACGCAGCCGCCAACGCUAUAGACAACAAUCCAAAUGGAAGAAGCUCACUGGAGCAGCUAACGAGGACGGCAAUGCUUGAAAAUGUAACAGUGAGAAGAGACAACAGCAUCAGAACUACAACUUCAGCAGCGCCUGUGCCAGCGAAUGAACACAAUGAUCAAGACAUUGCACCCAGAGAAGUUUUGCCUUACUCUGAUAGCAGUCGCUUGGGCAGGAUUCCGUUAAGCUUGCCUUCUUCCAAACUUCGCACGCGCAUGCAUAAUGCUGUGGGAGCGAUGGUGUCAAAUACUCUGCAAUUGACAGAAACAAUCCCCUUAGGCAAAGGGACGGCGAAGACACCGACUCCAGAAAAACCUGGUGUGCUGGCUAAUUGCCCAACCACACCCGAUGCUGAGCAAAUCGGUGGGCGUCUGCGUCAAGUGAGCAUCCAGUUGAGUGACACUCAGCAGAAACCAAGUAGGAAGCAAGUGGCAGAUUACUCCCAUGCAUCAGGUCUUGCACGAACAGGGCCCUUGGCCGAAGCCGACGAUCUCAUCUCAGCUGAUCCGAGGCUCAAGCAUACUUUCUCAAGCAAUCUUCAGCGUACACUUGGCUCUCCGGGCCCCCCUCAAUACGGUCAAUCCCGGCAAGGUUUUCAGCAACGGUGCCAUACAGGAGAGCUGUGCGCCGAAAGCAGCGAUAUCGUCGACAGCGCCGACCAAAAGCAGCUGGCAAGCCCUGCCAGUGCUUGCAAAGGUACUUCGAAAAUUCCACCGGGCGUUCUUGGGAAGAGUUCAUCUGGAAGUCGGGUUAGUGUCCGGCCACACCAAAUUACCACCGGUGUCGCGGCAGAGGAGGACGACGAUAGAGACGACGUGCCUCUGAUGCAAACUCGGCCGCCGCCCCGAAUGAUACUAUUGAGGCCAUCGUCAGUGACAAUGUCCGACAUAGAAGACGAGGAUGACGUCCCACUGGACAGACUUAGGGCCCUCGGUCAGAAUCGGGACAUCGAUUCCCCCGAUAUUUCGUCCUUGUUUACGGAGAUCCGGAAGAACAGUGUUCUUUCAUCAACAACGCAGCCGAGUACGAUAGACAGAGCCGAGUCGAGGUUGUUCGAGGGCCACGACUCCUCCACGGCAACAGAGGUCGAUCAACCUGUAUGGGCAAAGGACGACGAACAAGCGGCUGUUGCUCGAUUGAAGGAACGGGGGGUCAUAUUCGAGUCGGACUCGGAGUCGGAAGAAGACGACAGCAACGACCUGGUAUGUCAUCCAGUUCGAACACCAACCGAAUUGCCUUGGGGGCCGCAGCAAGGAUCUUUCAAUCCAAUCAACAUCCAUGCCGGCGAGGAGAGCCAUUAUCCUUAUCAAGAAUACCUGCCGCCACUGAAUCUUAAUAGGCCUUCGAGAAAGCAACUUGUCGGAAACUUGCUGAAGUAUCAAUGUCGAGACCAAAAGAGGAAAUAUGGUAACCCUCACCAAGAAGUGGAUCGACGCCUUGAAGAGGUAGAAGUGAAGACUUACAUUCAGCGGGAAACACGGCUGGACACGCCUGACCCCUUUGCAGUGGGAAGGCUCGAGAAGACCACAGUCAAUAUGUCCAUCAGAGAGUUCAUCGGCGUGCCUGAGGAGCCUGUGAUCGCUUUCGGCAAGAACAAAGAUGAACUGGUCUUCAUAGAGGGCAAAAUUGAUCGAGGCGGCCGUACACUGGGAACUCCGAGAGCAAGGAGGAUCAAGGACGACGAGAAAUUUCCUUUUGCGUACAAAUGA